CUUUUCAAAACACAUCACACAGAACUUUUACACUCAAAGUAAAUUCUAAUUCUAAUACUUUUAUACAUUACACAAAGGGCCACAACUGAAUCUUCAUUUUGAGCUUUAAUACUGCAGAGUGACAGAGAUGAAUACUCUAAAUUUGCAUGUUUUUUUAUUUGGGAUUUUUUACUGUCUUUUCAUGGUACCUGAAGCGGUAAGCUUACCGAUAGCCAGAACCACGGUCGAUUUCAAUGGACCGACAGAGGACCUUUUCGAGAUAGAGCCCAAUGCGAAAAGAAAUUCAGGAAGUGUACUGACUACGAUAUCUGGCAAACAGGAAACAGAGGUAACCCUUAACAUACCUGAAUUGGUAAGCGUACCGGAAGCAAGACCCACAGACGAUUUUAAUUGGAGCAGAAUGUCAUAUUUCGGACGAACAGAGGACGGUUCACAGUUGGAGCUCGAACUGAAUAAAAAAGAUCUGUUUUUGAAAGCAGAUAAGAGGACGCUAAGCGCAAAAAAAAAACAGACUACUAUGUCAAGCAAGCAGAAAACAGUGACUAAAGUUAGCGAGGAUCAAUUCGGUCCCUUGGAAUAUAAUCCAUGGGUUAUAACAUUUGGCAAUCAACUAAUGGACGCCGGACACACCAAGGACCGCAAGGAAAAUAAACGUGUUAGCGUUGCCUCAAAUCCAGUAAAGAAUUAUGAUCCCAUAAACAUCAAGUUGAGCACUGUCUGCACCGGUACCACUAUUCCAUAUGGUGAGCACAAGGUGAUGAAAUGGCUUGAUCGUCAUGUACAUAAGCACGAGCAUUCGAAUCGUGCAUUCUACAUGGAACUGCGCCACGAUCUGUUCAUCAAGGCCAACUCGGAGAUGUGCCAUGACAAAAAGUAUGUAAAAUGGAUGGAUUAUCAGGAAUGCUCACUGCGUCGCCAUCAACGUUUGGAGUCUUAUAUACCACAAUAUCCAUUGCAUCAAAUCCUCAGAGAUUAGUAAGAUUCGUAGAAGGCAUCGUAGUAAUUCUUUCAUCUUGAAUUAUGAAUGAUUUAUAAGUUCGAAUGGAUAAUUGAACAGUACCUUUUUAUUUUCCAUGUAUUUUCGUAUGCAUAUAUUUCCUAGCAUGUAUGUA